CUCUUGCCGGCCGGCCGUUUUCAAUGAACUGGGAACUGCAGAAGGAGCACGCAAAACGUCAUUUCCGGAGAACUGGAGCCACGCCUUGUGGGCUGCAACAUGGAGGCGACCGGUGGAAAUGAUGAGGUGGUUUCCGGGGAACUGGCGUCUGUGGCGCACGCUGUUUCUCUCCCAGCCGAGUCUUACGGCAACGAUCCUGAUAUUGAGAUGGCUUGGGCCAUGAGAGCAAUGCAGCAUGCUGAAGUCUACUACAAACUGAUUUCAUCAGUUGACCCACAGUUCCUGAAACUCACCAAAGUGGAUGACCAAAUCUAUUCUGAGUUUCGGGAAAAUUUUAAGAAACUCAGGAUAGAUGUAUUGGACCCAGAAGAGCUCAAAUCAGAAGCAGCUAAAGAGAAGUGGAGACCAUUCUGUUUGAAGUUUGAUGGGAUUGUAGAAGACUUCAACUAUGGUACUUUGCUGCGACUGAACUGUUCUCAGGGCUACACUGAGGAAAACACCAUCUUUGCACCCAGGAUACAAUUUUUUGCCAUUGAAAUUGCUCGGAACAGGGAAGGUUAUAACAAAGCAGUUUACACUAGUGUUCAGGACAAAGAAGAAGAGAAAGGAGCCAACAAUGGAGAAGACAAAGGAGCCAACAAUGGAGGAGAAGAAGAGAAAGGAGCCAACAGAGAAGGAGAAAAGGAGAAAACCAACAAAGGAGGAGAAAAAGAGAAAGAAGCCUACAAAGAAGUCAACAAAAGUGGUGAAACAGCUAUGUAAGGUAGACAGGGAACAGCACUCUAGAAGCUGUGAUUCAACUGAGCCUACAAGUACCAUUAUGCUACUUGCACAGGCCCCUGUGGUC